CAGAUCGAUAUACCAAUGACUAUAGAAGUUGGGGACAGGAAUAUACCAGCAAAUGCACUCCUAGACUCCGGAUGCACUGGAUGCUGCAUCGACGAACAAUUUGUAAAAAAAUUGAAUCUCACUACGAUCUCACUCGAGAAAGAGAUCAGGGUUUACAACGCAGAUGCAUCUCACAACAAGGGUGGAACCGUUAAGAAAAGGGUUCUUCUAAGUAUAACCAUCAGAAAUCACACAAGCAAGCAAAGCCUUUUGGUCACCGAUAUAGGA